CUAGCUACUAAUAUUUCACAGUUACCACCUGUAUUUGACUCACCAUUGUCAUCUCAGCUUAACGUCGGAACACGCAAACUAGAUUAAGCUAGAGAUUUAGUUUACAGAAGGAUCUGCCAACACAGGCGACGUAAUAUUAUAAAUUAGACUCAUCGAAAAUCAAAAUGAAAUAAAUAGAAACAUCCGGGAUGUCGUUUUUUUCUCUCUCUCUCUGAUGAAGUAAAAAGAUAAAGCGCAAGGGGUUUAUCUCCAAAGGUCUAGUCGCGCGCGCGAGCCUCGGGUGCAACAAGAUAAGAGGGGCGCGCUAGAAAAUAUGGAAUUGAAUUCAGUGAUUUUGACUACUGGAGCCUCUGUGGGGUUUUUCAAAUGUGUAAACUAUGGAAUCGACAAACUUCCUAUUCCCGAGACAGCUCAGAGGAACGCUUGGAAAUGGAGAAACAUCUCAACGUCUUUCGUGCACAGCCUGAUAACCGGAGUGUGGUCAGUGCUUUGUUUUUUCAUACAUCCCCAGAUGGCUGAGGAUUUGAUAGAGACAUACUCCGUUUUCUCACACGCCUUGGUAUCUGUAUCAAUAGGGUACUUCAUAUAUGACUUCUUUGAUAUGAUACUCAAUCAGAAGAUUGGUCAAUCAUGGGAGCUCCUUUUCCAUCAUAUAGUGGUGAUCACAUGUUUUGGGAUCUCUGUGCUAAGCUGUCGCUAUGUGGGCUUUGCAGUAGUGGCACUACUUGUGGAGAUCAAUUCUAUCUUUCUGCACCUGAGACAAGUGCUGCGCAUGGCCAGUCUGGCCAAAACUACAUUCUACCGCGUCAACAGCAUGAUAAACCUGGGCACUUACGUGGUGUUCCGCAUCAACACUUUGGCCUGGAUGACCCGCUGGCUGGUGCUAAACCGUGAACACAUCCCCCUGUUCAGCUACACCAUCGGCAGCGUGGGUCUGGCCAUCAUGACCGCCAUGAACAUUGUGCUUUUUUGCCGCCUUAUGAGAAGUGACUUCAUGAAGUCCAGCCGUGAGAAGGACGUGAAGAAGGAGAUGUAGGUCUGACUCCUCCUACUCCAGCUCGAAGCGAAUCACUGACGUUGGAUUGUCAGUUUCUGAUGCUCAUGGCACAGGUGUCAGUCAAGUUAAAUGGUUAGAAAAACAGCCUUUCAUUCAUAUCAGCCUGCUGAUUUCAUUCCUAAAAGACCGGCUUGUUGACUCGAUAAAUUUAUUUUUCAUUAUUAGCUAAAUCUCUCGUGUAGACCUCAAGCUGUGCAAAGACAUUAAUAUGGUGGCUGUUGUCACAGGUUUACAGAUGUCUGAAACAGAUAUUUUCAUUACAUCUAUUUACACAUGAAACUUAACAAUCAAAUUCUCCUGUAUGAUUUUUACAAUGACUCAAAGGACUUGAGUGUAUAGCCCUCAUUCUUAAAGGGAUAGUUCACGCAAAAAUUAAGAUUAUGUCAUCAUUUACUCACCCUGAUUUUUUUUUCCCCAAACUUGUAUGACUUUCUUUGUUCCAUGGAACACAAAAUAAGAUGUAAGGCAGAAUGUUAGCCUUAGUCACCAUUCACUUUCAUUGUAUGGAAAAAAAAAUGCAAUAAAAGUGAAUGGUGACUGAGGCAACAUUCUGCUUAACAUCCUUUUUUGUGUGUUUCACAGAAGAGAGAAAGUCAUACGGGUUUGGAACAACAGCGGUAGUAAAUGGCGAAAGAAUAUUCAUUUUUUGGUGAACCAUCCCUUCAAGUGCAAAGGAACUGGAUCUGUUCCUUUUAUUGAUAUCAUAUGCUAAUGACAAUGCUGAUCUACCGCACUGAAUUUAUAUAUUAUAUUAUCUACUAAAAAUAAACAAAGAGUCUUCUUAAAUAGGAAUUGCUUGCGUGAGAUUAUAUAAUAUAUAUAGAUAUAUAUCCAAAGUUGUCUGGCAAAGACCAUAAAAGUUGGUUUAUUUAUUAAAACAAUAUUAAGCCUAAAUGUGUUGUUCAGCCUUAUUAACGCCUACACCUGCUACCUCAUGAGCUUGUAGCAGUUAGUAUCAUCGUUUAUCUGUAGAGUGCAGAUGUUAAAUUUGCUAGAAUGCCUCAGAGCUGGUUUUUAGUCUAAAUGAUUCUGUACUGACUAGGAAGUAAUGCCGUUGAUAUGAAGUGCCCAGCAUUCAGUACUUGUGUAUUUCACAAGGCGGACCACAGUCUUACCCUGUGGUCAACAAUAUACUUGGUUAAUGUACUACUGUUCAAAUGGAGGACCUGAAUCUUAAUGCUGGAGCCAUCAACACAGUUAUCCGAAUUAAAAACAUUCCAGCUCAUUCUUGUGUUAAUGACACAGAAUAUCUGAUAGCUUCAGCCCAGCUUGAUAGGCAAAGGUCUGUCAUUGCACAAAUCAUCCCUGUUGGUGGCACUACAUACACACACAACGGUGACCUCAUGUUAGCUUAUGCUAAUAUUUAGUGUAUAGAGAGGCAACAGAUAAAGCAGCAGCACCUAUAUUGUGUAAAAUGUGUUUUGAUAAAGCUUUAAAAAAAAAAAAAUUGUUUUCUUCUUUUUUUUUUUUUUUUUUUUUUUUGUAUUUUGUAUGUUUGUAAUUUAUUUGUACUCAAUGUCAUAGAUGGUUUGAGGUUGAAUGUUUCGUGCAAAAAAAAAACAAAACAAAAAAAGAAAUGGUGGAACACUGUCUUGUACUAAAGUGUGUUGUACUUUUGUGAGUACAGAACACUGAACAGCCCAUGUUAUGACUUUAAAAUGGCUCAGACGUACUAUUGAAGGCAUUUAUUCAUGUGGGAACUGUGUAGCCUUAUUUGAUACAACCCGUGCCAUUGAGGUUGUAGAAGGAAGUCUGAUCAUAAUUUGAUUGGGCAAGUGUGGUCUGUGUUGAAGUUGACACAGUGUAAACACCUGUAGCAUCACCAACUUGUGCCACAAAACUAUUCUUCUCAUUUCACCAAAGUUUAUUCAUAAUUAUGUUUCAUUCAGAUUUAAUUUACUCCUUGUUUUAACUAUUACUUAUUGAAGGAGUAAUAAACAAUCAAGGAAGUAAAGAGCUAAUUUUCAUUUUAAAUAAAUGAAACCUUUACAGGAACUUAAAAGCAAGUAAAAAACAAAAGCCACUGGAGUGCUCAAUUAAAAGUAUUUUUUUCUUUAUUAACAGUUGGCAGCUUCAGAGACUAUGUGAUUGUGUAUGUGUUAACUUUAUGAGAUAACUGGUAUCUUAUGUGUUUGAAAAGGAAAAUGUGUAAUUGUUAGUGAUUUGAGAGAAUGUGACUUAUUGACUUUAAAAAGAAAAUAAUUUCAGUAAUGCAGUUGUUCUUUUGAGAGUGCAAAUCUGUGUUGUGAUUGGUGAAAGAAAUGCUACCGUUAUAUCGUGGAUCAGAUUUUUGAGCAUAGUGAUGCAGUGUCAGUUUUCCAAAGCUAUAGGUUAUUAGAUUUAAACAUUGCUUAUUGUGUUAAAUUAUUAUAAAUCCCAGUUGAAAAAAAAAUCCAUGCCCAUAUAACUGUCCCUAGAACUUUUUUUUUUUUUUGCCCUCACAGUCUCAGUUAGCCUAUGAGUCAGCAUUCACACAAUCGUGUCUAAAAUGUAUACAGCAUAAUUUGUAUUUUUGUUUGAACAAAUUCUUGUUUUGUAAUUAAUAAUAAAACUUUAUAUUGUUAAUUGUGAAAUAAAACAUGUUAUUAACUCUU